UCCCUAGAACUUUUGGGUCGUGAGCCCUGAACCCGUGGAAACCAAGUCGAACGAAACGAACGAACGUAUCUCAAAUAGAAACAAAUACUCAGAAACGCAGCGCGGGUAGCCCCCAAACGACUUCGAUCAUUCUUCGAGAAAUGGCGACCCUCUCAACCCUGCUGCGGCCACGCCUAUAACUCUACUGUGCACAUGGCGACCUCUUUCAGAAGAAAUCCCCUCUCUUCUCGCAUCAAAGCCUUGCUCACCCCACAGAGAUUGGACCGUACAUUGGCCGAAAGUUGGGCUCAAACUCAGUUUCAUGCUAGCAUGGGGUCUGCUUCAGCGCUGGAGCGAGUUGAUUUCUGAAAGCGACGAUGGUGUAGGGAAAGUUGAUAUGUCAAAUUGGAGAAAGCUGGAUUCAAGGAUCUUGGGUUUGACCCAAUCUAUGAUAUCUUCAUCCUCGUUGAUUGUUCUGAAGAUUCUACAGGGCGCAGGGUUUGAUGCCUACUUAGUAGGUGGAUGUGUGAGAGAUUUACUAUUAAAUAAAGUGCCAAAGGAUUUUGAUGUGGUCACCACAGCUACGCUUAAACAGAUAAAAAAGGAGUUUAAUCGGUGUUUAAUUGUCGGACAGCGUUUUCCUAUAUGUCAUGUGCAUGUCAGAGGUUCUGUUGUUGAGGUAUCCAGUUUUGAAACAGCAGCAAAAAAUGGUAAAGAAAAACAAAAAACUAUUUUUUCUCAAAUGCCCCCAGGCUGUGACAAAAAGGAUUUUGUUCGCUGGAGGGACAGCAUGCGUCGGGACUUCACGAUUAACAGUUUAUUCUUUGACCCCUUUGUGAAUAAGAUUUAUGAUUAUACCGGUGGAAUGAUGGAUUUAAGGACAUUAAAGCUGCAAACGUUAAUCCCUGCUCAGCUGUCCUUUAAAGAGGAUUGUGCGAGAAUCCUGCGGGGCUUGAGAAUUGCAGCUCGUCUUGGUUUGUCUUUGUCGAAGGAAACUGAGAUUGCUAUACAUAAACUCUCGUCCUCCAUUGCAAAAUUAUCCAAGACUAGAAUAAUGUUAGAGCUGAAUUAUAUGCUGUCUUACGGAGCUGCUGAGCCUUCUCUCUGUCUACUGCAGAGGUUCAACCUGCUUGACAUUUUGCUACCAUUUCAUGCAGCAUACCUUGCUCAACAGGACAGUAAUCACUCCUGUCAAAGUGCUGUGAUGUUGAUGAAAUUGUUCUUCAAUUUGGAUAAGUUGGUUACUUGUGAUCGACCUUCAGAUUGCAGAUUGUGGGUUGGACUUUUGGCAUUUCACCUUGCAUUAGUAAAUCAUCCCCAAGAUGCUCUUGCAGUUUGGACUUUUGCUUCUGUUUUGUAUCAUGGGACAUGGAAGGAAGGUGUUAAAUUUGCAAUAGAGCAUGCUCAAGCACUGACUAGUUUUAUACCUGAGAUCUCAGAGGUCCAUCACAACAGGACAGAAGAUGAACUUGCACAAAGAGUUACUCAAUUAGCAUCGUUAGUGCAAGACUCUAUAGGUGCUUUGACUGAGACUGACAUCCUUGUUGAUAAGAUGUCCAGAUUCCCAGACUUCCCGUGCUCUGAUGUGGUAUUUGUACCCCAUAAAACAGCGAAAGACACCGCCCGACUUUUUAGCAUGCUGGUGCAUGAUGUUGAACACUACGAUAGUGGAAGGAGUAGUUUUAAUAUUGAUUAUGAGCUGCUUAGAAAGGGGGAUGAGCAGGAAACAAGAUUCGUUCUUGGAAGAAUUGUUAUGGACACCAUGAGCAGUGGUGUUGUCCAAGAGAGUAAGUUUGUGGAGGCGGAAGAAAAACACAAGGACUGGGCUUUAACUGGCGGGACUGUCCAAACAAGGCUCAAUGUGGGUAAGGAGGACAGAAAACAUAGCUUAUCACUGCGUAAUGCAUACUUACAGCAAGAUAGCGUAGUCAAAAGGCACAAGUUAAUCAAUGAGAAGUGCAAUCUUUCAGAGAAUGAAAUAGUUAAGAUGAAAAAUUCAGCGGCCACCGAAGAGUGGAAGAAAAAAAAUAAGCAGAUGAUCGAGGAAAGUGAAUUCCCACGGGUGGCUAAGAAGCACGAGAAAAUAGUUAAGAAGGAAAGCAGAUGCACAUCACCGAAGGAAAUGACUCAGAAGAAGCAAAAUAUGGGCAAUUUACUAUCGGAGGAGAUUGACCAGAAUCAAUUACCCCCGGACAGCAUUAAGCAGCAGGAAGUUGUUUCAAAAAAGAAGAAAUUUCAUUUUCUUCCGGAAGAGGGUUUUACAGAGAACGGAAAACAUAAACAGGAUGUAGCCAAGAAAAAACCCAAGAGCCUAGUUCUGUCUCGUCUCUUUAUAUGAGUUUAUUUUGUCUGUUGUAAAUUACGUGCCAUUUUUGUACUGAUAGGCAAAACGUAGCUUAUUUAUUAAUACUUCCUUUUCUGAGCUAUACUAGUUGAGUGAAAUGUGGACUUUUUCCGCAGGUAAUGAGACCAAGCCAGAUGGUAGAAUCGCAUGAUUUUGCAGGUUUCAUUUGUUGUAGCAUUCUUUCUUUC